AUGCUAGCUUUCGCUCAAAGUCCUGAACUCUGGCAGUCUGCUGCCCAGAUCUUGAGAGACCAGUACAACAUCGCCGUCUGCCAUGAUGAGAGUAUCGGCAUGCUUGUGAAGAGCUACUUCGUCCAUUCUGCGCAGCGUGCAAUGGUCCUCUGUCGCCUGACAUCCGUCACUCCUGCUGAUUCUCAUGGCGCUGCUCAAAGUCAAAGUAGCAAGCAGGAGGAUGACAAGGUGGAGCCCCUCCUCAACAGCCCCAUUGAGGGAAGGGCCGUGAAGGAGGAAGACAAAGAGGAGAAUCAGACCUCUGUAAUGACUCUGACGGACUCUAGUCGCUUAGUCAAGAAGGAAGACGACGAUAGUAAAGGGGAGGGUGAUGAGGAUGAGGAUGAGGAUGAGGAGGCGCCGCCGAAGCCCGAAUAUGUGCUGCGGAGGAUGAAAUGGAAUAUGCCCUCGUGGGCAGGAGAUGGAACAUGGACCUAUCCAAUUGCGAGGGCAGAGUCUAUGAAUAACCGUCCCCUGACCUACCAAUGGAUGUGGACCAAGAAGAAGGGUCGCUGUGUCAUUGUUUGCGAUGGAUACUAUCAGAAAUUGACGAAGAAGCAGAACACCAAUCAGGAAGAGUCUGCGGUUGCUUUUGUCCGUUAUGCAGACCGAAGCCCUUUGCUGUUAGCUGGGUUGUAUCAUCACGAUCCCAGUGACCCUAUCCCAUAUCGAUUCUGCGUCAUAAGCAGCGAAAAGCCCCAGUUCUCCAUCACCACAACUGAACCCGAUGGUUCAGUCAAUCCACAAACCACGCCGCUUGCCCUGCCGGGUGAACGCCAGCCUGUUAUACUCUCCACUCCGGAAGAUGUGAAGCUAUGGCUUGACACGUCCUCUGGGGCGUACGAACUCAAGCACGCUCGUCUCUUGGAGUCGAGAUACCAUUAUGAAAGGCCCUUUGUCUGGUAUCUUGUUCCUUCAGCUACUUCUCCCAAUGAUCCCGCGACUAUGCUGCCCAGUUCGAAUAUUGACUUUGGGGAGGAGGUCGUAGGCGAUGAUUGGCGUGAGCAGAUUUGA